ACAAUACCCGGCGCGUUGGGGACGAUGCCCGCGCCGGUGCCGCCCCCGCGCCGCGCAGUCCUGGCCGCCAGGCCCUAGAGUCGGCCCUGCCCCGCGCUGCACCGCCCACGGACCUCGCGGGAGAUGGAGGUCCUGGCAACCGACACUGCGUCCCAGCAAGAGCGGCUUCAGGCCAUUGCUGAGAAGAGGAGGAAGCAGGCAGAGAUUGAGAGCAAGCGGAGACAAUUGGAGGAUGACAGGAGGCAGCUGCAGUACCUGAAGUCCAAGGCACUGCGGGAACGCUGGCUGCUGGAGGGGACACCGUCCUCGGCUUCAGAGGGUGAUGAAGACAUGAGGAAGCAGAUGCAGGAAGACGAGCAGAAGGCCCGGGUCCUCGAGGAGUCCAUCGCCAGGCUGGAGAAGGAAAUUGAUGUCCUGGAGUUUGGAGAGUCAGCCCCAGCUGCCCCAAAGGAGAAUUCAGCAGCCCCCAGCCCAGUCCGGCCCCCGGCUGCAAGCCCAGCCAAGGAAGAGCAGAAGCCAGAAGCACUGGUGAAUUCUCAGCAGACUCCGUUGGGCACCCCAAAAGAGCCUCGAAUGUCCUCCACUCCAGUGAGGAGUCCGGGGGGAUCCGCCAUGAUGAAGGCAGCCAUGUACUCGGUGGAGAUCACGGUGGAGAAGGACAAGGUGACCGGGGAGACCAGGGUGUUAUCCAGCACCACACUGCUCCCCCGGGACCCGCUUCCUCAGGGCGUGAAAGUCUACGAGGACGAAACCAAAGUGGUCCAUGCUGUGGAUGGCAUCGCUGAGAAUGGAAUCCAGCCUCUCAGCUCUUCCGAGGUGGACGAACUCAUUCACAAGGCCGAUGAGGUCACGCUGAGCGAGGUGGGUUCCACAGCGGGGCCAGCAGAGCCUAGGGGACUCGCAGAGGACACCACCAGGACCACGCCGUCCAGGAGGGAGAUCACAGGCGUUGAGGCCCAACCGGGAGAGGCCACGUCAGGCCCACCGGGCAUCCAGCCCGGCCAGGAGCCCCCAGUCACCAUGGUCUUCAUGGGUUAUCAAAAUGUGGAAGACGAAGCAGAGACCAAGAAGGUACUGGGCCUGCAGGACACCAUCAAGGCUGAACUGGUGGUGAUCGAAGACGCGGCCACACCUAGGGAGCCUGCGCCCCUCAACGGCAGCGCGGCUGAGCUCCCGGCUACCAAGGAGGAGAACCAGACGGGGGCCACGGCCACCCCCAGCGAUGCCCAGGAUCUCGACAUGAAGAAGCCUCGCUGUAGAUGUUGUUCCGUCAUGUGAACCAUCGGGGCGCCCCAGCCCCUGUCCCCGCCCUGUGCUCCACACUCAACCCAGCAGCCCGGCCCUCCCAGGCGCCUGCCCACCCUCGCCCUCCGCCUCACGGGCCCCAGACAUGUGUGUGGUCCCUAUGCACUUCAAGUAGUGGGUGGGGGGGUGCUCUGCCCGUCACCACACUCCACACUCAUCCCUAACCUCUGAGCCGUGCGUUUCCCCUUGGUGAGAGACCGGCUGACCCAUAUCAGCUCCCUAAGAAUGGGGACCCCCACUCCUGGUCACAGCAGGUUUACACAGGCGGCUCACCCCACCAUGGUCUCAGCCUGGUGUUCUCUUGCCGCCCCAGGCCAGCCUGUCUGUGCCUUAUUGCUACUUAGGGGCCAUCUCCAGGGGACCAGAAAAGAGGGUCUCCCUGGGCAGUGCGCCAGCGGCCUAAUGUGGGGCAGGCGGGGUGAGGCCACACUUCUUUGGGUCUCAAAAUCCUGAAGUCCUAGGGUAGAGGACGGGCACAUGUGGCUACCCCCCCCCCAGUAGGUAGCGGAGCUCAAAACAGGGGGCAUCCCUUCGCUGGGGAUGGAACCAUCGUUCCCAAGAUGGGGUCAUUGUUGGCAAAGCUCUAAGUCAGCCGCUCCCUGUCCUGAGUCCCCCCUACCAUGCACACACUGGUCCCUUCUUCCUGGUGCUAAUUUUGGGACCCUUGGGGUCACCUGUGCCCUCUUCUCCAGUUGGCUUGGACCAGGGUCCUGGGUUUCCCACAUACCCCAGAAGCCAGGGGUUAUGUCUGCCAGCCUGCAGAGCCUGGCAUUUCCAGGCAGGCUUAGGUUGCCCGAACACACCUUGGGUGGGCGGGAGGGACCCCCAUCUGCUACCUGGCGAUGGAGCCAUGGCAGGAAGCCUCCUGCCUUUGGGCAGGCAGCAGUCACUGGGUCCCCAGAGGCACAGCCCUGCACACAGGAGCUGGCUCAGCCCUCUCCACCCUCCUGGCUUCGGAGGACCAUACCCGGGUCUAGGUCCCUCUCCUUGGGACCCCAGCCUGGUGUGCAGGGCGCAGGACCACCUGGGGGCCCCUGCCGCCCCCCCCCCCCGAGCUGCAGUAGAGCUCGAGCAGAGACCUCGGGGUCAGUGUCCUUUCUGUCCCGUGGCCUGGAGGAGACGCGCUUCCCUGACGGGUGACCCACGGCCAUGGUCAUGGCACCCCUUCCUCUUCCUCCUCCUUCCAGUCUGCCUGAGUUCCUCAUGCCCUGGGCCUUGGCUGAAGUGCCCUUGCCGCCCCCCUCUGCUUUUGAUGUGUGACGAGGCCCCACCCCUCACCCCCAUGUUCUUGACUUUCCCAGAGAAACAAAUUAAAAAAAAAAAAAAAAAAGUGCAGAGCCAGGUUGC